AUGGUGACGAUGAACUCUUCGGAGAAGGUGGGGCAGAAAGCCAUUCAGCAAGGGCCCUCGAGGGAUUCGAAAUGCAUCAAAGAGGAGAAGGAGAUUUAUAAGGAGAGAGAGAAGAAAGAGUCUGCCCUAAGCAAUCUCCCGCCAAAUGUGCAGGCUCUUAUAUCGACAAUACCGUCGCCGGAAGAAUCUCCCAACUACCUCAUAUAUAAAAAGAUGGAGUCCAUAGUGGAGAAGAUGCAGGACGAGAACACGGGGGUUCCAGUGAGGACGGUGAAGAGCUUCAUGAGCAAGAUACCGUCGGUGUUCACCGGUUCCGACCUGGUCGCUUGGCUGACGCGGCACUUCGGGCUCGAGGAGAGCUGGGAGGCGCAGCACCUGGCCCACCUGCUGGCGGCGCACGGCUACCUCUUCCCAAUAGACGACCACUGCCUCACGGUGAAGAACGAUAACACGUACUACAGGUUCCAGACGCCGUACUUCUGGCCCUCGAACCAGUGGGAGCCGGAGAACACGGACUACGCGGUGUAUCUCUGCAAGAGGACGAUGCAGAACAAGGCGCGGCUCGAGCUGGCCGACUACGAGGCCGAGUCGCUGGCGCGGCUCCAGAAGAUGUUCAGCAGGAAGUGGGAGUUCAUCUUCAUGCAGGCGGAGGCGCAGAGCAAGGUGGACAAGAAGCGGGACAAGCUCGAGCGCAAGGUGCUGGACAGCCAGGAGCGCGCCUUCUGGGACGUGCACCGGCCCAUGCCCGGCUGCGUGAACACAACGGAGCUGGACCCGAGGAAGCUGUCCCGCAUCAGGGCGCUGAAGGCGAGCCGGCUGCGCCAGUGCCAGGAGCUGCUGCAGCAGACCAUCAAGACAAAUCCCAUCGUGACCAUCACCAACCCGCAGGAGAGCGAAGAGGAGAUACAGAAGAGUUCGGAGAACGCGAUUAAAGAGAAUGGCGAGACCUCCCAGCCGGAGAGCAAGCCUGAGUGCUCAAAGUCCGAGCAUCCUGAGCCUGAGCCUGAGCCGGAGCCGAGCAUCGAGCAGCGGGUGGACGCGGCCAGGAAGCAGGUGGCGGUGCUGAAGGCGAGGCUCGAGAGGCGCAACGUCAGGGUCAGCAAGGUGGCCGACAUGUUCGUGGCCUUCUGCGAGCAGUACGCCGAGUACGACCCGUUCCUGACGCCGCCCGAGUGGCCCAACCCCUGGAUCAACGAUACCACCGAGCUCUGGGACCAGGAGAAGCUCUGCAAGGAGCCGGUGGCGGGGCGGCGGGUGCGGCGCUGGGCGUUCGGGCUGCGCGAGCUGCUGCAGGACGCCGCCGGCAGGGAGCACUUCGCCAAGUUCCUCUCCAAGGAGUUCAGCGGGGAGAACCUCGAGUUCUGGCUGGCGGUGCAGGAGCUGAAGGCGCUGCCGGUGAGGCGGGUGGCUUCCAGGGCGGCCGAGAUCUGGAGGGAGUUCCUCGCUUCGGACGCUCCCUCGCCGGUCAACAUCGACGCGGCGAGCAGGGAGCUGACCAGGGUAAAGGUGGAGUCGGGCAAGGCCGACCGGUACUGCUUCGACCAGGCGCAGGCGCACGUGUACCACCUGAUGAAGUCCGACAGCUAUUCGAGGUACCUCCGCUCCGAGAUGUACAAGGAGUACCUCAACGGGGCCAAGAAGAAGACGUCGGUGAAGGGCAUCCGGUCGAUCGUCUCGUUCACGGGGCGAAAGGAGCAGUCCGCCAAC